AUGAAGGCCACUACUUCAAUCGCCUUCCUGUCGCUCCUGGCCUCGGCCCAGGCUACUUAUGGGUACUGGGGCUCUGACAAGUGCUACUCCAGUCCAGGCCGCGCCCCCAACAAGUGUAACGACCACCAGCAGAAGGGCUUCGACUGGUCGGGUCUUUCUACUGGUUCGUUCUCAUCUUACGGUGGCUUCGAUUUCUCCGGCUUCUCCUGCAGCAACAGCUUCGGCGGUGCCAGCCACUCCAAGCGUGGUGAGAAAUGCAUCACUGGUACUGCUUCCAAGAGCGGAAGCUCCUCCUCUUCCUCGGGCAGCAGCUCCCACAGCAGUGGCUCGUCCAGCUCCAGCCACUCCUCAUCGCCUUCGUUCUCUUGCGGCUCUGGCUCUGACGAGAAUGGCUUCUCUAUCACUCACUUCCACAUCUCCACCGAUAAGGAUACCGAUAUGAACAUUGUCUACAGCAUGCCCGAUGGUUCUUCUUGCCGCAACACCGCUUCUUGCUCGUCUGCUGGAACUACCGUGACUAACGACCAGUGUGGUGGUGCUACUUCGGUCUCCUUCGAGCUGCCUGACCACAGUGACCACGAUAGCUGCGACUUUGGCAUCUACAGCGUUGGCUUUGACUGCACUCCCGGCACCACUUCGGCCCUGCCUACGCCCACUCCUGGCAGCAGCUCGUCCUCGGUUGCUUCGGUCCCUACCGCUUCCAUCCCUACUGCUUCUAGCCCCGUCGGUUCUUCCGUGCCUGGUGUGCCUUCUCCCUCGAUCCCUGCUGCUACUACUCCAGCUGCCGGUAUCACUCCUGGUUCUAGCGCUCCUCCCAAAUGGACUACUUCCACUGUGUACACUACCAGCGAGAUCACGAUUACCAGCUGUGCUCCUACUGUUACCAACUGCCCCGCUGAUUCCACCACCGUGGUCACCUCGACCAUUGCUAUCUCGACCACUGUGUGCCCUGUGACUGAGACUACUCCCGCUGCGGGACAGUCUACUACUCCAGCUGGUCCUUCUCCUACUGAGACUGCCCCUACUGGAUCUAUCCCCACCGGGAGCGUCCCCGUCGGAUCCUCCAGCCCUGCUGGCCCCAGUGGAAGCUCUCCCGUUACCGCUUCUGCUCCUGGCUCUAGCGCUCCUCCCAAGUGGACUACCUCCACUGUGUACACUACUAGCGAGAUCACUAUCACCAGCUGCGCUCCUACUGUUACCAACUGCCCCGCUGAUUCCACUACCGUGGUCACCUCGACCAUUGCUAUCUCGACCACUGUGUGCCCUGUGACCGAGACUACUCCCGCUGCUGGCCAGUCUACUACUCCAGCUGGAUCUUCUCCUACCGAGACUGCUCCCGGCGGAUCUAGCUCUACCGAGUCUGUCCCUGCUGGAUCUUCCUCGAGCCCUGCUGGUCCUAGCGGUAGCUCUCCCGUGACUAGCCCUGCUGGUCCCAGCGGCAGCUCGCCCGUUACCACUUCCGCUCCUGGCUCUAGCGCUCCUCCCAAGUGGACUACCUCCACUGUGUACACUACUAGCGAGAUCACGAUUACCAGCUGUGCACCUACUGUUACCAACUGCCCCGCUGAUUCCACUACCGUGGUCACCUCGACUAUUCCUAUCUCGACCACUGUGUGCCCUGUGACCGAGACUACUCCCGCUGCGGGACAGUCUACUACUGCUACUGGAUCUAGCCCGACUGAGACUGCUCCUGGUUCUGGCGAGUCUAGCCCUGCUCCCUCCAGCACUGUCCCUGCUAGCACCGUUCCCACCGGUGUUAGCGCUGGCUCUUCCACCGUGCCUUCUGAGGAUACCACCACCUACAUCACUACUUAUGAGACUGUCACCACCUGCCCUGUGACCAGCACUGUCAGUUCUGGCUCGUCCUCAACCGUGAUCACUACCAGCACCCUGUCUACCAUCACUGUGACUUCCACUCACACCACCUGCACCAAGUGCACUGCUACCGCCACCGGCACUCUCCCUGGUUCUGGUUCUGGCACCACCCCCGUCGCUGAUGCUACUGAGACCUCGCCUGUCUCCAGCCCUGUACCUACUUCGUCUUGCCCCAACGUUGUGCCUCAAUGCAUCAACACCUGGCUUAGCAUUGUUCCCAAGUGUACCUCCAACAGUGAUGCCAAGUGCUUCUGCCCUAACAAGGACUUCACCGACAAGGUCAUCUCUUGUGUCCAGGCCUGGGGUGCCUCCAAGGAGGAGAUCCAGAAUGCUCUGUCCUACUUCACUGGUAUUUGCGCUGCUUGGGUCCCCACUAACCCCGGUAUCGUGACUGCCAUCCCCUCCACCAUCACCCUCGUGCCCACUGUUGUUCCUAGCGGUGCCAGCGGUGCCACUGCCAGCGCUGGUAUUACCGCCCCGGCUAUCACCUCUGCCCCCGCUGCUCCCUGCACUACCAUCACCUACUCGACCUACACCGUUACUGUGCCCCAGGUCAGCUUCUACACCUCGACUGCCUCGGGCUCGGCUACGACUGUCGGUCUGGUCCCUGCCGGCCCCAGCGGUGCUUCUCCUGCCAACACCGGCAAGGUUCCCUCUCCGGUCGCCGCCUCAUCCACCUUGGUCACCGCCGCUCAGAGCUCGACCCCCUACGUUAGCUCUAAGGCCACUGCCACCGCCACCACUUCGCCCAUUGCCUUCAACUCGGCCUCGACCGUGUCGAUGGCUUCCAGCCUCCUUCUGGGCUCUGUGGCCGCCUUCCUCGGCUUAAUGCUCUGA